CAAUGCCGGGCCUAGUUCAAAGAAGGCGGAAGCGCCCUUCGCUAGCUGUCAGCGAGGCUUCCGACGAGCAGUCCGACGACUCAUCAGCAUCAGGCAGUAAACGCGCCCGACAUGACCGGAACGCGUCCGACAGUCCUGUCCGCAGCAACGGCCACUCAUACGUACAAAACGACGAUGCAAGCGCAUAUGCCGAAGACGAUUUCCAGCCAGGCUCCCUCGUGAGGGUGAAACUCAAGAAUUUUGUCACAUACACGGCCGCCGAGUUUCAUUUGGGCCCCAGCCUGAACAUGGUCAUUGGCCCAAAUGGCACAGGAAAGAGUACGCUGGUCUGCGCAAUAUGUCUGGGGCUUGGAUGGGGCAGUGAGCAUCUGGGAAGAGCGAAAGAUCUGGGUGCUUUUGUCAAGCAUGGUGCUACGGAAGCCGUCAUCGAAAUCGAGCUCGCCACAGGCCCAGGCAACGGUCCAAAUCGCAUCGUGCAACGUACCAUUCGCAAGGAAGACAACAAAUCCGUAUACUUUCUGGACGGCAAGCGUGUCACACAGGUCGCCGUCACAACCAUGGCCAAGCAGUUCUCGAUCCAGAUUGAUAAUCUCUGUCAAUUCUUGCCCCAAGACCGCGUCGUCGAGUUUGCCAAGAUGAGUGAUGUGGAACGUUUACGAGAAACUCAACGUGCCGCGGCGCCCCCGCACAUGGUUGAGUGGCACGAUCAACUCAAGGACCUACGCGCCGAGGAACGAAACUUCCAGACCAAGGAGGUGAAUGAGCGCAACCAUUUGGAAAAACUGGAGAAACAGCAAAAUGCAACCAGAGACGACGUGGAGCGCUUUCAUCAGCGUGAAGGCUUGCUGCGCAAAUCAAACUGUCUCAAGAAGGUCAGGCCAAUGAUUGAGAUCAAACUGCUCAAAUCCGAUAUCACACAGCUCAAAGAAGACAAGAGGCUGGCCAGUUUAGAGCUCGACCAGAUCAAGGAAGCCAUGGAACCAGCGCGUAGGGUCCUCUCAGAAGUGGAAGUGUAUCGUGACCAGGUUGAGCAGGUUGUCAAGUUGCGCAAGAACCGCGUCGACAUGAUCAAGGCACAAGCCGACAGGCUCAGCAAAAAGAUUGAAGCAGACAGGACCAAGGCAAACGACUUUACCGACCAGAUCAAGGCCGAGCUGCAUUCCAAGAAGACUCGCGAAAAAGACAUUGUCCGGGUGGCUGCCGAUAUCAAUAGGCUCGAGCAACGGCGACAGAAUGAGCCUGUACAGUACGACGCCGCUGCGUAUGAGAAACGCAAGACUGAAAUCCGAGCUCAGCUUUCCUCUGUCGGCAACACAAUUACUGAAAAGCAGAGUUUUGUAAAAGACUUCCACGAACGCGCUCACGGCAUCGCACAAGAGAGUGCAAGACUCAAGGCACAGCAAGAGCAGCUCAACACUCAAAGCGGUCAGCAGGCAAGUCUGCUGCAAAGACUGUCUUCGGAAACAGCAAGAGCAUGGAAAUGGAUCCAAGAUAACAAGCACACGCUGAAUCUCAGAGGCCAAGUCCUUGGUCCGCCAAUCCUGGAAUGCUCUAUUCCAGAUGCUAGAUACGCCCAGGCCCUGGAAGGUCAGCUGAGACGAGGAGAUGUCCUUGCAAUCACUUGCACUGAUAGCGAGGACCAAAAGUUGCUAUCGACCCGUCUUUUGAGUAAGCCGGCUAAUGGAGGCCAGGGACUCCAUGAUGUUCACCUUCGAACGUCUCCCAAGCCUCUUGAUGCAUACAGACCACCCGUUGCAGCAGCAGACUUGGUCAGAUAUGGAUUCCAAGGUUACAUGCUAGAGUAUAUUCAAGGACCUGCGCCUGUUUUAGCCAUGCUUUGCGACAACAACCGCCUGCAUCAAAUCGCCUACGCUCCGACCCCGAUUUCAGACGAGCAGCACGCUGCCGUCUCAAACAGUCCUAUCCGCAGCUGGGUAAGUGGCACCGACACGUAUCGCAUUGUCACGCGCAGAGAGUACAACGCCUCUUCAACGUCUGUCAUCAAACUUAGACCUGCCCAAUGGUUUACCGGUCAACCAGCCAACACAGAGGAGUUGCGGGCGCUUGAAGUGAGGAUGACGCAGCUGGUGCGAGAAAAAGAAGAGCUACAAGACAACCAUAAAUCCGUCACAACCGAAAUUAGGAAUCUGAAGGAGGAGAUGCAGGGACUCAAGGAGGCAAAGGACGAGAUACAAGCAGAACAAGACCGUACGAGAAAGGCCCUCGCCGAGUGGCAGGCCCUGCCCGACAAGAUUGCUUCUAAGCAGAGUAUGUUGGAUGACUACUAUCAGCAAAAUGCAGAAACAAAUGACCGCAUCCGCGGGAUCAAAGCAGAAGCUCGUGAAACGGCAUUACGCGUGGCCGACUUGACUCUGGACUACGCCAAAACCGUAUCACAAAUGCGCACGUUUCAUGAGUCGCUCAUUGAGGCCGAGAUUCGAUUCAUUGAAGCCAAGUCCGAGCUCAAUGCGUUGAGGCAUGAAAACAGUACCAUGAUCCAAAGGCAGCAGGCCAAAGAGGCCGAGGUCCAGGAACUCACAGCUCGCAUCAAGCGUCUCCGCGACGAGUACAUGAAGAAGACGGUAGCUACCCAGCAAGACAUUGACAACUUGACUGAAGAGGAAAUGCAGAUUGUGUUGGAGUAUCGCCAGCUUCCUUCGUUUGACCACCUCGAGCAGGAGAUUCAGGCCGUCGCUGCACGGCUGGAGAUGAUGGCCGAAGGCAAUCCUGGCGCUAUCAGGGCUUAUGAGAAGCGCGAGGAAGACAUCAACAGGACACGGGAGAAGCUAGAGCAGUACACAGCUGGUCUCGAAGAGACCAGGGAGAAGAUUACGGAGAUUCGCGAGCAGUGGGAACCUCAACUCGACGUGCUAAUAAAAAAGAUCAGCGAUGCCUUUGCACAUAACUUUCAGCAGAUUGGGUGUGCUGGCGAGGUUGCUGUGAACAAGGACGAGGAAGACUUUGACAACUGGUCUAUCCAGAUUUCUGUCCGCUUCCGCGAAAAUGAGCCACUCAGUGUCCUGAAUUCCCAUCGACAGUCAGGCGGUGAGCGCGCUGUGUCGACCAUCUUCUACCUCAUGGCUCUGCAAGAUCUUGCUCAAUCACCGUUCCGCGUUGUUGACGAGAUCAAUCAGGGCAUGGACCCGCGCAACGAACGCAUGGUGCACGAGCGCAUGGUGGACAUUGCGUGUCAAGAGCGUACAAGCCAAUACUUUCUCGUAACACCAAAGCUCUUGACUGGCCUAAAGUUUCACCCCAAAAUGAAGGUCCACGUCAUCAACUCUGGAGAACACAUUCCCGAUUCGAAAAACGUAAAGGACGGUUGGGAUCUUCGCAAUAUGGCCAAGAUUGCGCUCAGGACGAGGAAGGGUGUUACUGUUGCGUGAGUGCAUGGGUAGAUGUUGUGUGUACCUAUCUUUAUACACACGAGAGCGUAGAGCGACUCCAUUUGUUCCUGUAUUGCGGCCGUGCCGAGUGCCGAGUGCCCAAGGGUUGGGGGUUUGAUGGACUUUAUGAUACCAGGAA